CCGUAGAUUUCGGCCAAGUGCGCCUGCGCAUAAGAGUAGCGGCGUUGAGUCAGGGAGUCAGUGGAGAAAACUGCGGUAGCGACCCUCAGACCUCGCCAUGAAGACUCGCUUCAGCACCAUUGACCUCCGCGCGGUACUCGCGGAGCUGAAUGCCAGCUUACUAGGAAUGAGAGUAAACAAUGUUUAUGAUGUGGAUAAUAAGACCUAUCUUAUUCGUCUUCAAAAACCAGACUUUAAAGCUACACUUUUACUUGAAUCUGGCAUACGAAUUCACACAACAGAAUUUGAGUGGCCUAAGAAUAUGAUGCCAUCUAGUUUUGCCAUGAAGUGCCGAAAACAUUUGAAGAGUCGGCGAUUAGUCAGUGCAAAACAACUUGGUGUGGAUAGAAUUGUAGAUUUUCAAUUUGGAAGUGAUGAAGCUGCUUAUCACUUAAUCAUUGAGCUCUAUGAUAGGGGAAACAUUGUUCUUACAGAUUAUGAGUACCUAAUUUUGAAUAUACUAAGAUUUCGAACUGAUGAGUCAGAUGAUGUUAAAUUUGCUGUUCGUGAACGCUACCCAGUUGAUCAUGCUAGAGCUGCUGAACCUUUGCUUACUUUGGAAAGACUGACUGAAAUAAUAGCCAGUGCACCUAAAGGUGAACUACUGAAGAGAGUUCUUAAUCCAUUACUUCCCUAUGGACCAGCUCUCAUUGAACACUGUCUUAUAGAAAAUGGAUUCUCUGGCAAUGUCAAAGUGGAUGAAAAAUUUGAAAGUAAAGACCUUGAAAAAGUACUUGUUUGUCUGCAGAAAGCAGAAGACUAUAUGAAAACAACAUCCAACUUCAGUGGAAAGGGGUACAUCAUUCAGAAAAGAGAAAUAAAACCAAGCUUGGAAGUAGAUAAACCAACUGAAGACAUACUCACGUAUGAGGAAUUUCAUCCUUUCUUGUUUUCUCAACAUUCACAAUGUCCAUAUAUAGAAUUUGAAUCAUUUGACAAGGCCGUGGAUGAAUUUUAUUCCAAGAUAGAAGGUCAGAAAAUAGAUUUAAAAGCUUUACAACAGGAAAAACAAGCAUUGAAGAAAUUAGAUAACGUCCGGAAGGAUCACGAAAACAGAUUAGAAGCUCUUCAACAGGCUCAGGAAAUAGACAAACUUAAAGGAGAGCUCAUAGAAAUGAACCUACAGAUAGUUGACAGAGCUAUUCAGGUUGUUCGAAGUGCUUUAGCCAACCAGAUUGAUUGGACAGAAAUUGGGUUAAUUGUGAAAGAAGCCCAAGCUCAAGGAGACCCUGUUGCAAGUGCAAUUAAAGAAUUAAAACUACAAACAAACCAUGUUACAAUGCUACUAAGAAAUCCAUACUUGUUAUCAGAGGAGGAAGAUGACGAUGUUGAUGGUGACAUCACUGUUGAAAAAAAUGAAACCGAAGCACCAAAAGGAAAAAAGAAAAAGCAAAAGAAUAAACAGCUGCAGAAGCCUCAAAAAAAUAGGCCAUUACUUGUUGAUGUUGAUCUCAGCUUGUCAGCAUAUGCCAAUGCCAAAAAAUACUAUGAUCACAAGAGGUAUGCUGCUAAGAAAACACAAAAGACCGUUGAAGCUGCUGAGAAGGCAUUUAAAUCAGCAGAAAAAAAAACAAAGCAAACGUUAAAAGAAGUCCAAACAGUUACCUCUAUUCAGAAAGCAAGAAAAGUAUACUGGUUUGAGAAAUUUCUGUGGUUCGUUAGCUCAGAGAACUAUUUAAUUAUAGGUGGAAGAGAUCAGCAACAGAAUGAAAUAAUUGUGAAAAGAUACUUGACAACAGGGGACAUUUAUGUACAUGCUGAUCUUCAUGGAGCUACUAGCUGUGUAAUUAAGAAUCCAACAGGAGAACCCAUUCCGCCUCGGACCUUGACUGAAGCUGGCACAAUGGCACUUUGCUACAGUGCUGCCUGGGAUGCACGAGUUAUCACUAGUGCUUGGUGGGUGUACCAUCAUCAGGUGUCUAAAACAGCACCAACUGGAGAAUAUUUGACAACAGGAAGCUUCAUGAUACGAGGAAAGAAGAAUUUCCUUCCUCCUUCGUAUCUAAUGAUGGGGUUUAGUUUCCUCUUUAAGGUAGAUGAGUCUUGUAUUUGGAGACAUCGGGGUGAAAGAAAAGUCAGAGUGCAGGAUGAAGACAUGGAAACAUUGGCAAGUUGCACACGUGAACUCAUAUCAGAAGAAAUGGAACAACUAGACGGAGGUGACAGUAGCAGUGACGAAGAUAAAGAGGAAUCACACGAAACUCCUGUGGAAGUGGAGCUUAUGAGUCAGGUUGACCAGGAGGAUAUCACUAUUCACAGUGGUGGAGAUGAGCUAAAUGAUGAAAUAAUUCAGGAAGAGAGCUCGGAAGAUGAAGGAGAAUCUGAAGAAGUGGUAAAAGAUCAGGAACCUAUUGCUGAAAUGAUGGAUGAAGGCGAAGACACAUUAAAUUAUCCUGACACUACCAUUGAUUUGUCCCACCUUCAAUCUCAAAGGUCCCUCCAGAAAUUGGCUUCAAAAGAAGAAUCUUCUAGUAUGAGUGACAGUAAAUUACAGAGCCGGAGACAUUUGUCAGCCAAGGAAAGAAGGGAAAUGAAGAAGAAAAAGCUUCCAAGUGACUCAGGGGAUUUAGAAGUGAUAGAGGUAAAGGACAAAGAAAAAGAAAAUGCUCUACACAUUGAAACUCAUCAGAACACAAGCAAAAGUGUCCCAGCUGUGCAGCCAAUGAAGCGAGGACAAAAGAGUAAAAUGAAAAAAAUGAAGGAAAAAUACAAAGACCAAGAUGAAGAAGAACGUGAACUCAUCAUGAAAUUGCUGGGGUCUGCAGGUUCAAACAAAGAAGAAAAGGGGAAAAAGGGGAAGAAAGGAAAAACAAAGGAUGAACCUGUGAAGAAACAGCCCCAGAAACCUAGAGGUGGACAAAGGGCUUCAGACAGCGUAAAGAAAGAAACUCCCACCCUUGAGGUUGUAACUCAAGAGUUACAAGACUUGGCUGUAGAUGAUCCACAUGAUGACAAGGAAGAGCAAGAUCUGGAUCAACAGGGUAAUGAGGAAAAUCUCUUUGACUCUUUGACAGGGCAGCCACAUCCUGAAGAUGUAUUACUAUUUGCCAUCCCAAUAUGUGCCCCUUACUCCACCAUGACAAACUAUAAAUACAAAGUGAAACUUACUCCUGGAGUUCAGAAAAAGGGAAAAGCUGCAAAAACAGCCUUGAAUAGUUUCAUGCAUUCCAAAGAAGCAACAGCAAGAGAAAAAGACUUAUUUCGCAGUGUAAAGGUAAAGUAUUCCUCCAGAAGUCUGGAGAUGGGUGGUGCAAUUAAAAAUGUUAGCAGUUAUACUUUUCUACUUUUGGUUCUUUAUUUAAUACAUGCCAAGCUGCAGCUCUUGUUUUGGUAGAAAAUGCUGUCUUACUAGAAGCAGUAAAAUAAGAUCGUUUCAGUUGGAAAUUUUGGAAAUGCCUUUCUUUUGACAGCAGAGGGCACAUAAUUAUCAUAAAAGAAACAUGACUACCAUAUAGCAUGUGAAGAUAUUCAGCAAUUCUCUUUUUUUAGGACACGGAUUUAUCAAGAAAUAUUCCUGGCAAAGUCAAAGUGUCUGCACCCAAUCUUCUGAAUGUAAAAAGAAAAUAGCUGAAAUGAAACCCUAAAAUAUUUGAGAAGAGUCAAUUUUAUAGCCUUUUGGAAGUUCAGAGAUGAAAACACCAUGUAACAAGACUUCCGCAUUUAAAAAUGAACUAAACAUUGCCUUGCUAUAUUCGCCAAAAGGACUUACUGUUUUUUUUCCAGUUUUAUAGAGAGGAAACGCGGAUAGGAUUUCCUAAAAUAUUUGUGGACAGUUAAAUGCUAAUUGUAUACAUCUGUAGUUAUUCUCCUACAUUUUCUUAAAAUUUGGGAGGUUAAUACUAAGUUUUCAUUUCAUGUUGUACAGAAACUGGAGUGAAGUGGCUCAGUUGCUCGGACAUUGACUUGGUCGUCUACCGUGUACAGUGUCAGAGCUCUGUUACAGGCCAGUCACAGGUGGUUUUUCGUGUUCUGGUGCGGUGGUGGGGUUUGGGGGCAGUUAAACAUUUAGGAUUAAGUCUUGGAAGCCUUCUGCCGUUACCUGUACUUGUCAAAAAAUAUAUUAGACCAGAUUUAAAAUAGACAUAAUUCAGCCUAAGAAAUAACACCUAGAAAAAAAUGGUAUUGAUCAUUUCCAUUCAUUUAUACAACUUCACUUUUCAUCCUUCUUCCUUGUAAUCUCAUUCAGUUCUGUACCAUUUUAUUUUCUACCUCUAGUAAUGAUCAGCAUGUUACAGAGUAUCUUAACCUAGGAUAUCAUAAGUGCACUUUUAGGCUUACCACUAAAGACUCCUGACACAGCUUUCUUCUUCUGUCUCCUGACAAAUGGAGAAUAAAGUCCUACAUCAUUUCCAUUCUUUUAUGAGCUAAACAAACUGUCACUUUUUAAAUGAUGAGACAAUGGCUACCUACAGUCAAUAUGACCAUUUGCCCCAGCCCCUAUACCAAAGCAUUAAGGUCAAAGCACUAAACAGCUGUUGGUCCUUCCAAAAUUUCUUUUACCAGCUUAGUCCUGUUGAUAAUGUUUUUCCAUUUGAAAUUAAUGUAAAAAAAAAAAACAACUUUGUAAUUAUACAUAUAGCCAGUGUUGUAAAUACAACAGACUACUCUUGCUAUUUAAAAAAAUAUAUAUAUAUAUAUAUAAAUUUAAAAAAAUAACAUCACCAUUUUGAUAGUGAUAAGAAUAAUUAGUAUGUUUCUAUAGCUAUAUAUCCUGAAGUUACCAAAAAGGAAAUAUAAUAACCAUUCCUUGGGGUAAAAAGCCAAGUAUCAUUUUCUUUUGCUUUAAUAGAAGACAGUUACUGGUGUUAAAUACAUUUAUUGUAAACUUUAGACACAAAAAUAGGUUCUCUAGGCCAUUCACAUGCACAUUAAAACCAAAAAGCUGCAAACUACAACAAUGCAUAUAAUUAUACAAACGAUGCCACUCUCUGAUGUUUACAGAAUUGCUGUCCAUGCAAGGUGAUCAGAGGCAUUAUCUAUGAAGCCUUAAGAUCCAGAAGUGUUGUUACUACCAAACCUCUGAUUAACACUGUGAAGUAAGUGUUUUGGAAGGCAGUUCCACGAGUUGGCUAACAUUUCUUUAAAGCAAAUGACUGCUUCUAAGCUUAGCCUGAAAGUGGACAAGAGAAAAAUAAAUUUACUGUUUGAAGAAUUACCAAAAAAACAAAAGCCCACUUUGUUUAAAGAUUUUCGUAAGAACUAGUUUUAUCAAUGGAAACUUGUCAUUGCCUUUAAAUUAUCUGUAAGCCUGGUUUUUCAAGAGCACUAAUUUAAAAUAAUCUGAGUACCAAGUAAAAAGUUACUUACCUUACAAGAGAUUUUGGUUGAACUGAAAAUAUAAGUAUUUCAUUACUGUGUGCCUGAAAAAUAGAAAAUGAAGAACAUAUUAAAAAGUAAGUAGUCCACAAGACUCAAAAAUAUGAUGAAGUGUCCUUUAAUGCAGGGUAGUAUACUUAGUACACUUACAGCUCUGUGAUGGACAAGGAGGUUAUUGGCACAUCCACCAAAAACAAUGACUUCUCCUUCGUCACUGGCACAAGCUGUGUGCCAUAAUCUAAUUUAAAACAAGAGUUUUAAGUUACCCAGACACCAAGUUGACAAUUUACACUAUGAACACAAUGAUGAAAUAAAGACUAGAGAUCUUCAGUACAGACCAAAACCUAAUGUUGAGCAGCAAUUAUCUUAAGUAGCAAAAGCUAGAAAAAUCUAUUAAUGUCUGUUUUAUCUGGAUGUUACCAUUUUAUCUAUCUGGUCCAGUCCUAACUUAUGCAAUGACGGGUUUGAACUGAAUGAUCUGUUCUCUAGGUCUUUGUUAGCAAUAAAAAUCUUACGGGAGAUGUGUGCUACAUGCCCUCUCAAUCUUCUUCUUUUCAUAGGCAGGGUCAGUUGACAUUAAAGAAAAAAUCUGAAGGAUGCUGUGAAUCUGCCUGACAUACUCAAAGUCUCAGGCCUGGUAAUUCUAUGGAAGAAUUUUUCUGCCAGAUGAAGCCUUUAUGGCAUAAGUGUACUUAGAGACUUGUGGGGAAAUGCAGGCUGACCUACCUAAAUAUGCUUUGAAUACCAGUUGUGACUAUAUCAUUUGCUUUGGCAGUUUUUGUAAGAAUUCUUCUUGAGAUUAACAAAAAUAACUCUUCUUUUUGGGUGAUUUGAUUUAGUAUUUGUUAUACAGUGCUCCUACCAAUCUAAUAGAAAGUUCUGGAUUUACCCCCCAUAUACAUUCUUCAAGGUUUUGAAAUUCUCUCCAGUUUUUUUUUUUUUAAGUGACAAACCUAGAAGCAGUUCAAUUCACUGGAGUAAAGAGCUUGAUUAUAAAUUUUAACUACAUCAAUUUUAUGAUUAAAAACAGCAGAAGUCAACAUCCAGCCCUGUUUUUCAUGCACCAUGACAGAAAAGAAAGCAUUUAAUACAAGGAUAGCAUUGGUUUUCUUUUCUUUCAAAAGGUUUGAUGUUAGGGGCGCAUGGGUGGCUCAGUCUAUUAAGCAUCUGACUCUUGAUAUGGGCUCAGGUCACAAUCUCACGGUUCCUGAGACUGGGUCCUGCAUCUGCGCACUGCCAGCACAGAGCCUGCUUGGAAUUCUCUGUCCCUAUCCCACUCAUGCUCACACGUGUGCACUCUCUCUCUCUCAAACAAAAAAAAAAAAAAAAAAAAAAAGUAGGAUGUUAAACAUUAGUGAACGCUAGGGUGUUUAUCGUAAGAAUAGUGGAUGUAAUGCAGCCACAAUUUCCUCAAUCAUUACCAGUCUUGCACAUCUUUUUUAAGGUUUUAAGUAAUCCCUAUACCCAAUGUGGGACUCAGGGUUGUUUGAGAUUAAGAGUCAUAUGCUUUACUGACUGGCAGCCAGUUGUCCCCAGUCUUGUACUGAAUAAUUGAGGUCCAUAAAGAUGUACAAGAAUUACUUUGUAAAUACUUCAUACCUUGGCUUUUCAGUAUACGGAUGAUUAAACUGUAUCCAUUCAUUUUUACUGAUGCAGUAAGUCCAAGCAUCACCUGAUUGAAGUGAAGAAAGAAGAGCCAUGAAAUAUGUUAUUUUGUCAAUGAGACAUUCAUGUUUAAAGGGCACAGCUUUAGCAAGAAAGGUAAUAAACUGUAAGUAGAAAGAGAAAGUAUAUAUCCUGGUUUUUCCCUGCAGUUAAUCAAGUAAGCCCUUUGCAUGUCACAACCCUUAGGUGGAGCUUUUAAGGGCUACACUGGACAGAAUAGAUGGAUGUUAUAGUACAAAAACAAUUAUAGAUUUAUUAUAGGAUCAAAAAUAAUAGCAAACCUCCAACCAACCCUAUGGCCCUCUGAUACAUCUAAAAUAGACUGAAUUAUUUUCUUCUAUUUAUAUAUUACAUAUGAAUGAUAAUGAUUUCUUAUAUUUUUAAAGGACUUACUUAGUGGCUGUUUAUCAGUGGUAAAUCCUCCAAAGAGAAAGAGAUGAUCUGAAGAAACUGGUGUUAGUGAAUGCCAAGAUCGGCCAACUGGGCAUAUGCCUUGUGGAAUUCUGAAAAUAAUAGCUAAGUUACAAUAUCUGUGUUUAAAAGUAGCUGUUUAAUAUGGAAAAAUAUUUAAAUUUUCUUUGAAAAUUUACACAGAAUAUUUGACAGAAGAGACUUUAAAUUUAAAAAGCUUCUUGGUAUUUUUUUUUUAAUUUUUUAAUUUUUUUAAAUGUUUUAUUUAUUUUUGAGAGAGAGAGUGCAAGUCGGGGAGGGGCAGAGAGCAAGGGAAACACAGAAUCUAGGAAGCAGGCUCCAGGCUCCGAGCUGUCAACACAAAGCCUGACACGGGACUUGAACCCAUGAACCAUGAGGUCAUGACCUGAGCCGAAGUCACACGCUUAACCGACUGAGCCACCCAGGUGCCCCAAAAGCUUCUUGGUAUUAAUAGCUGCAUGCUUGGUAUUAACUAUGUUUUUAGAAGGCAGAGUGAACUUCAGACCUUUUCAACAAACGUUGAGCACAUGUUGUGGAACAGGAAAUCAAAAAAUAAAAUUCCUUAUUUAAGGAUCUAGACAUCAUGUUUAUUUAAAUUCAGUUAUUUACCUGCUUAAAUUUCUAUGCUAACAGAAUAAAAAUAUUAAAAAAUUUUAGAAAUUAUCUAAAGUGAUACAUACAAUUCAUUCCACUCCCACGUAUCCAGAUUAAGACAGUGAAGAUCAUUCAUUCUAGCAUCCUGAAAAAGGAUAAUUAAGUAAUUAUCAUUUUGAAUGACUCAUGAGCAAAUCAUUGAAACUGUUCACAAACUUACUCGAUAUCUGCCUCCAAACACAAAGCCUUUGUUUCCAACAGUUGCACAGGCAUGGGCAGCACGAGGUGAAGGUGCUUUACCCUAUAAAAGUCACAAAAGCAAUUUUUAAAAAUAAACACCAAUCUUCUCUGGAGGUGGGAUGAGGGUAUGUAAGACGCUUGAGCUUUUAAGCUCAAGUGCAGAUGUCUAGUCAACAGCAGUACUAACCCUGGGAACUGUAAUUUUAGAUUUUGGAGAUAUAUUACUGAAUGCACUAGUUAAUGGAAUGCUUGUUUAUUUUUUUUAAGUAAAAAGGUAGCACAUUAUAAGACACCUGCGUCAGAGGAAAAAGAAAUCUAAUAUUUGAGUAAGUUAACAGUCUACUGCCAGGUCAUUUAUUUAGUUAUAAGCAAUAUCCCUUAACAUCUAUUAGAUAGUAGAUGCCAGGUUAGUCCACACAUUCAUUAAACUUUUCUGAGGUAUGGACUUCUUGGAGAAUAAUGAAAGCAAUGGAUUUUCUCCAGAAAAACAAGAAUGAACUGUCAAUUUUACACCACCUCCCAAUUCCCUUUCUCCUCUAGGUAGCCUUACUUUAUAAUAAUUCAUUAUUCUUCAGUAACUCACAGUAGUUAUAGGCUGACUCCAGAUAAAUGUUUCAGUGUCUAAAAUAUGUACAUGAUCAUUCCAUCCUCUUGGGUGACUUGAAUUCUACAGAAAAUGAGUAAGAAUCUGAGUUAUUUUUCAAAUAAUAUUUGUAAAAUUACAUAUCCUUGUCUGGUUUAUGAACAAGGCAAAAUGAACAAGACUAGCAGACAUAAGAUGUAUUAUUUCAACAUACUAAGUAGACCAUAUACAAACAUGAAACUUCACUUACCCAAAAAGAUGUUUCAUCAAAUUCAAAAGUUCCCAAUACUUUAUCUUCAGGUAAAUAUCCGUAGCCUCCAAAAAAUAUUAACCUGUUUGAUAAAAAACCAAGACACUAAAAAUUCUAACAUCCACAGGUUAGGAAGUUACAAGAAGUUCUUCUUUUGUCAUGCUAGGAACUGAGAAGGCAUGCUUGAGUAUAUGAAAAUUCUUAUUCAUAGAAUAAUGUCUACUGUGCCUAAUUAUGUCUUAGGUGCUAAGUGCUUUGAUGUAUUAAUUCACAUAAUCCUCAUAUGGGCCCUAGAAGUUAUGUUCUAGGGUUACAGUGUUUAUGGGCUAUGGAUACUUGAAUGGCAAACCACUUUGCACAUAAAAACCCAAACCUACGGGGCUGCUAACUCACUUGUUUUUAUAUACCCAGACACCAAGUUUAUCCUUUGAUGAUGGAGGAAUUCCUUGGCAAUCAAUUCUUUCCCACUGUAGUACUCUGUCUGUAGACCUUGAAUCCAGCAUGUAGAACUGUCAGAAGCAAUGAUUUCAGUUAGAUUUGGUUAUGCAAAAGAAAUUCAACCUUGGCAUUCAGUUUUAUUGUGAUUUAUGACUAUAGGAAUGUCAUCUAAUUCAGUGCUUCUACAAUUGUGACUACAGACUGUUACUGGUCCAAAUAUACAUAAGGAACUUAUGCCAGAAUAUAAAUUACCUAAGUUGCUAAGCACCCUGUUGAGCUCAUUUUUUUUUCCUAAUAGCCACAUUUUUUUUUCAAUAUAUGAAAUUUAUUGUCAAAUUGGUUUCCAUACAACACCCAGUGCUCAUCCCAACAGGUGCCCUCAAUACCCAUCACCCACCCUCCCCUUCCUCCCACCCCCCAUCAGCCCUCAGUUUGUUCUCAGUUUAACAGCCUCAUUUUUUUUGAUGAAGGAACAGAAGUAUAUUGUGCCUUACAUAGGCACUUUGAGUUAUGCUAAUCUAAUUUAUGGGUUUGAAGACGGUAUCACCAAAAGAAUUCAACUUAGCAAUUUCACCUUCAAAUUCAAUUUAACAAACAUGUCUUAAGCGCCUACUUAACUCUGGGAGCAAAGGAUAAAUCUUAAAAGAUUAAGUACUGGUCUGUCUUUCCAAGGUUUCACAUCCAGAUAUUGAAGAGACCUGGCCAUUAUAUGUAUAUCUUUUUACUUCUCCUAAGACUCCUAAGCUUCCUUUUCAUCAAACCUAAAGAUACUCAACUGUAGCCAUUUCUCUGUCUACCCCUAAAGCCACGGCUUCUUUUUUUCCCCAAGCUGCUUCAUGUGGUGUUAAGGUUCUUUUUCUCUUCCUUGCCCUAAAACACACGCACCUCCACUACAGCCUGUAGCAGUGCCUCACAAAAUCUUUUAGGCACAGAACCCUUACUUCACACAAAAUCUUAAGCAAAAGCCUAACUGAAGUAGAGCUACACCUGUUAAGAUGGAGGGGCAGGGGGGUGAUCUGAAGCCUGCCUAACACCAUGACGCUCCUCCCACGGGGGUCCCAAGGCAUCUCAAAGAAAUCCCUAGAGCUCCUAGGAAUAGUCUGAAACUUUGUCAGCCAUAUGCUCCAGUCACACCAAACCACUUCGCAUUUCUGUGAACAGAACAUGUGCUUAUAUUUCUGCCUCCUGAUACUUGCAUCUUGGCUACCUCUCCCAGUUAUGAUUCUAUUCAACCCUCUUGGUUAAAGACUUUACUUAUUCUCUUCCUCCAUCCUGCCAAACACAAUGUCAAGGAUUCUUUUUCAGAUUUAACAAUAUUUACUGAGCUAUUUUAUGAGCCAGGCUCUAUGUAUCUUCUUAUCAUAUGCUACUGGAACCAUCUACUUAUUAUGUGUAUCCCCUCUAGGAUGUGAGCGCCUAGAGACGGGAACUGUAUCAUUCGUCUCUGUGUCUCCAACGUCUAACCAAGUGCUCAGUAUAUAAGGUGCUAAGUUGCUAAAUAAAUU